CCUCCAAGAUGGACGUGAGACCCUAAACCGAUUCACCUGUAGCGGCCAAGUCGGCUCGGCUCACCGUCCCGGUGGGUGCGGACGCUCCCCGCUGCCACCUGCGGUCAGACCAGAGGGCGCCUAGCGCAGCCGGAACCGGGAAGUCCUCCGGGGCCGGACAGUCUGGGGCUGGGAGCGAGAAAUCGAAACUCAGCUGUUAAAACCGCUGCCCCCGCUCUCCCGAAUCGCGUCUCGAGUCCGCAGCGUCCCAGCCUGCGUCCCUCCCGCAGCGGCGGCCCAGCCGGCGGGCUCCGAGUUAUGUCCACCCGCACCGCGGUGGUGGGCGCCGCGCCCCGCGCCGCCCCCGCCGCCCGCCCUGCCCCGGGCCCCCCUGGGCGGCGCCCGGAGCCCGAGCCGCUGCGGAGCCCUUCGCGGGAGAGCGCGGAGCACGCGGGCCGGAGGCUCACAGGCACGUACACGCUGAUAGCACCAAAUGAAAACCGAAGAAAUCGGAUACAAAGAAUUGCGGAGCAAGAAUUGGAGAAUUUGGAGAAGUGGAAGGAGCAACACAGAGCAAAGCCAGUGAGCCUGGUGCCCAGGCAGCUGGGCGGAAGCCAGUCAGAGGCUGAAGUCAGGCAGAAACAGCAGCUCCAACUGAUGCAAGCUAAAUACCGGCAAAAGCUAAAAAGAGAAGAAUCUGUAAGAAUCAGGAAGGAAGCUGAAGAAGCCGAAAUCCAAAAAAUGAAGGCAAUUCAGAGAGAGAAGAGCAAUAAACUAGAAGAGAAAAAAAGACUCCAAGAAAACCUCAGAAGAGAAGCAUUUAGAGAGCAUCAGCAAUACAAAACUGCUGGGUUCUUGAACAGACUGGACACAAAGAUGCCAUGCAGGAGUCAGAUUGCUCCUUGUGAUCCACAGUCUUCAACUUGGGCUUAUAAGGAUUCUCUAAAAGAAGAAGAAAAUCGAAAAUUGCAAAAGAUGAAAGAGGAACAACAUCAGAAGAAUGAAUUACUGGAAUUUAAGCAACAGCAACAGGAGGAAGAAAGAACCAAAACCCACCAGGCAGAACACAGGAGGAUAUAUGAGAAAUAUUUGCUUACACCUGGCCUUUGUCAGCUGAACCUGAAAAAACUCAUAAGAUGCUUUGCUUUAAGACAACUUUGCACAUCCUCACUGUUUUUAUCUCGACUUCAAGUGCCCAUCCACUCAGCUGAGCAGCCAGGGCUGACCUGUUUCUCCCUAUUAUGCAUGCUUGUAGGAGCUGAUCACCGAAUUCAUAUUUCAUCUGUACUGCCAGUGAAAAGUUGCAUUAUUUUUCUAAUUGGUUUCACCUCUUAUUGGAAGUGUAAGUAGGGCAAUGUUGGUAAGAAAGGAGGGAAUCAUUGAUGCUUUUAGGUUAACAAGAGCUAUGGGUGCUGCAUGCUUGUCUCUCUAAGUAGCUAAUUCCAUGUAAUUCUCGGGUCAGGUUGGGUAAGCUUUGACUUCUUUUUAAAUUUCAAUCUCUACUUUCUAAUUCCAUGGUAAAAAUGUAAGCAAAAGAAAAAUCUUUUAUAUUCUUUUAAACAAAUUUAUAAAUAAAAUUUGAACUAUUUCUGUAUAA